AUGGGGCUGAAGAAGGCAUUGUGUGGACCUGUGGCCCUCCAGAUGUUAGAAAACCAUAACACCAUCCCUAUUGGCCACAAGUUGAGAUUCUACCACAUGAAGGCGGCACAGGAUCCCGACCUCUGCAUCAAGACUGCAUCGUUGCUAUAUCCUUAUGGGAAAGACCAAGGUGACUCAGAAAACCCCAAAGAUGACGAUGGGAAUUCGCCAGAGAUCUCCAUCCAAACACCAUUCUCCUUCUAUGGCAAGAAAUACUACUCCGUUUUUGUCAACAACAAUGGGGUUGUCUCCUUUGGAAAGAAUGUCUCACAAUAUACACCUGAUCCUUUCCCUCUGGAUGAUGGAGUGCCCUUUGUUGCUCCAUAUUGGGCUGAUGUUGACAAUGUAAUUGCUGGAAACAUCUUCUGGAGACAGACCCAAGACCCAACGCUGCUUAGUCGGUUCACUGCAGAUAUCAGUCGGUACUUCCCUGAUAUUUCCUUCACGCCCAUCUGGAUGUUUUUAGCUACCUGGGAAGGGGUGGCCUACUUUGGAUCUGCUUCAGAUAAGGCCAACACCUUCCAGGCUGUCUUGGCCACCGAUGAAAAAAAAUCCUUCAUCAUGCUGAACUAUGCUGAUAUACAGUGGACCACCGGAAUAGCAAGCGAUGGAGAUCCCAUGACAGGACUUGGAGGAAUCCCCGCUCAGGCUGGCUUUGACAGCGGGGACAAAAAAAAUUACUACAACAUCCCCGGUUCCCGAACUCCUGAGAUUCUCAAUAUUGGGAACACUACCAAUGUGGGUGAACCAGGUUGUUGGGUGUUCCAAGUGGAUCAGUUAAUUAUUGUUCCCACGGCGAAAAGUGAUUGCUUGGUUAAAUAAGUGAAACCGCUUCCAAUGCAGACAGUCUGCUGCUAUAAGCCAGCAGACGGGAGACGAGUGGGACUACAUCCGCGGU